AUGGAAGGAAAAGUGCAGAUAAAGAGACGUAACCUUCCGGGAAUUGUCCCAUGGGAACCCUAUAAGGCAGCAACAUCAGCCUAUGUAAAAGGAAGCCAUCCUGGUGUUUUACCACCCUUGAUCAAGUAUCAGUUUGUGAAACUGAAUCCUAUGGUGUCUGAAAAUAAAGUUACCGAAGGACAUUUCUCAGAAAGCGUGAAUUCUGCGGAAAUGAAAAUUUGUAACUUGUCGAGAGUGCGCCCAGUUGGUGAUGGAAAGGAAUCUUCACCGUUUGGUGGAAAUGUUGAAGUUGGAAGAGAAGAGAAGUUAGAAAGGCAGUUGACUGUAGAACUGAAACGUAUACUUGUUGCUACAAUGGGCGAUGAUUUAACAUGUCAUGUAAAGUCGCUUAGUGAAGAUAAAGUUCGUCUUGCUCAUAUGAUGGCGAAAUUUGAAGCGCAGAUAUCGCAUGAUCAUGAUAGAGCUGAAGAUUUGGCAAUAUUAGCCGAUAUGUGGCGUUGUAAAUUCUUGGCAAUGAGUAUUCGAGCGGAUGAAAUGCGUAAUCAGCGAUGCCGUUUACUUUCUCAUUGUAAGCAUCUACAAACAUUGCUUAACAAAUUUCUUGUUACAAACGAGGAACAAAUCCGCAAAAAGCCCAUCCCUUCGGUUCUGGAAGCAUUGAUGAACGAAGCUCGUGCAGCGCUGAAAACCGAUUUGUCGAUAUUUUUUGAGCGUUCGCCAUGUGAUGAAAAAAUUUAUAAGCCAGUUUCACAUACAUCGAAUAUUACAAUUACCUGUUGCAAACACUGUGUUGGUAAGGAAAUUAAAUUAAUUUAG